AUGAAGAGAUUUGAACAGAUGGUUGAAGAGCACCUCAAGCGUCUAUAUCAAGAGAAAGAACUGGACUCAACGGACAUGCACGUUGAUAUGGAUUCUCCAGCUGAACCGUUAACUUCGCUUGAAUCUGGUGAUCUAAAUGAUAAUCUAGGAACCCCUCAUGAUCAUAAUCUUAUCCCUUCUGAACAUGGGGAGAUAGACACAAUGACCAUGAUUUCUGGCAUCUCUACUACUGAAUCUCUCGAAAGCCCCUUUCUUGAAACUGCGACCCGCUUUAGCCCAACAAAUCCUCCUUCGAAACGCAGCCAUGAAGAGGAAGGCGAGAUUGUAGAAGAGACCUCGAAAAGACCCAAGCAGCCAGAGAAAGUCUCCGAAAUCCCAUGCACAUGCGCCAUUUCGGAUAAUUGCAGACGUGCAGCACAGAACAAUGUGAGCGAUUGCCGAACCUCGUUGGCGCCUUUCCGUCGAAAGCAGAAGCCAAAAUCCAGAAACGCAAUCUUUCCAAUUGCCGUGUCUACAAAGCAGCAAGCCAAGGUUAAGCGGAAUCUGGACGAGAUGUCUCAAAUCCUCUCUCUUUUCAGGAGAGCGCGUACUUCAUCUCCAGGCGAUCUUUCGCAUAUAUUUACCCAGAUGAGGCAGCGUGUUCAGCAACUGCCUUUCUCCGAAGUCCAUCCUUCGUCAGAGGCCAUCCUAAAAUCGCGAUUCCUUGAUGCAGAAUCUGGCUUACCAGCAAUUGCCAACAGUCCUUUGAUUCCAUGGGACAUUAAACUUGACGUGGAUUUGCUUCGCCUACGCUGGGAGAAGGGCGAUAUUGAAACUGGCCUUGAUCGUGGGUUGAUAACCAAGUGUGCAAGGAUCGUUAGCCGAAGUUUCGAUCCUGCAUAUAAAUACAGAGUUUCACCCUUCUACGCUGGAGAAGGAAACCUUCGCAACGGUCAAUGGUUCCCCUGGCAGCUGAGUGCAAUUCGAGAUGGAGCCCACGGAGAAGUUGAAGCUGGUGUUUCUGGCCGUGAGGGUCUCGGCGCUUUCUCAAUCGUUCUUAGUUCCAGCCACAGAUAUGCGGAUAGAGAUCAGGGAGAAACAAUCUACUACUAUGGCACCUAUGGAAAGAACGGCAAGAUCUCGCAUGGCACUAAUCUUCUCCUUGAUGCCCAUCAGAACGGGAUCCCAAUCCGUGUCCUUCGCAGUUCCAAGCUUCCUGCCAUAAACAAAUACCGCCCGGCCGAAGGGUUACGCUACGAUGGGCUGUACAAGAUUGAGAGUGAGGAACUCAUGGAGGAAAGCAGCUCGCUCUAUCGGUUCAAGCUACAACGUGUCGAAGGCCAGACUCCCAUCCGUUACUCGGGUCCGGAAGCGAGACCAACUCCCAAGGAAGUGGAAGAAUUUAGAAACCUUCAGAAGUUUGCCUCUGCUUCGAGACCCAAAAAGUCUCCUUAA